AAGUAACACAAUUUUCCGGUCUUGUAGACGUUAUUGGUAACACCAGGGGGAUCUGAUAGGAUCGGAAAAUAAACCUUUGACUUCCGGACACGACAGGAAGAAGUGAAGAUGUUUCCACAUUUCCAGCGUCCGAUGCGGAUCUUCGUGAACGAUGACCGGCACGUGAUGGCCAAGCACUCCUCGGUGUACCCGACCCAGGAGGAGCUGGAGGCCGUGCAGACCAUGGUGUCCCACGCCGAGCGGGCGCUCAAGGCCGUGUCUGACUGGAUCGACGAGCAGGAGAAGGGCGGCAGCGACCAGGCCGAGGCCGACGGCGCCGAUGUGUCCGCCGAGGACGAGGGCAAAGAAGGGGCGGGGGAGCAGAAGACAGAACACAUGACCAGGACCCUGCGGGGCGUGAUGCGCGUGGGCCUCGUGGCCAAGGGCCUCCUGCUCAAGGGGGAUCUCGACCUGGAGCUGGUGCUGCUCUGCAAGGAGAAGCCCACGACCGCCCUCCUGGACAAGGUGGCCGACAACCUGGGCAUCCAGCUCGCUGCCAUAACAGAAGACAAGUACGAGAUACUCCAGUCUGUUGACGAUGCCGCCAUUGUGAUAAAAAACACAAAAGAGCCUCCGCUGUCCCUGACCAUCCACCUGACCUCCCCGGUGGUCAGAGAAGAGAUGGAGAAAGUGUUAGCCGGAGAAGUGCUCUCGGUCAGUGACCCCCCGGACGUCCUGGACAGGCAGAAGUGCCUUGCUGCCCUGGCGUCGCUGCGCCACGCCAAGUGGUUCCAGGCCAGAGCCAACGGACUGAAGUCCUGUGUCAUCGUCAUCCGGGUCCUGAGGGACUUAUGCACCCGUGUGCCCACCUGGGGUCCUCUCAGAGGAUGGCCUCUGGAGCUCCUGUGUGAGAAGUCCAUCGGCACGGCCAACAGGCCCAUGGGUGCCGGCGAGGCCCUGCGGAGGGUGCUGGAGUGCCUGGCGUCCGGCAUCGUGAUGCCAGAUGGUUCUGGCAUUUAUGACCCUUGUGAGAAAGAAGCCACUGAUGCUAUUGGGCAUCUAGACAGACAGCAACGGGAAGAUAUCACACAGAGUGCGCAGCACGCGCUGCGGCUCGCGGCGUUUGGCCAGCUCCACAAAGUCCUGGGCAUGGACCCCCUGCCAUCCAAGAUGCCCAAGAAACCAAAGAACGAGAACCCGGUGGACUACACUGUUCAAAUCCCCCCCAGCACCACGUACGCCGUCACACCCAUGAAGCGCCCCGUGGAGGAGGACGGGGAAGAGAAGUCACCCAGCAAAAAGAGGAAGAAGAUUCAGAAGAAAGAGGAGAAGGCCGAGCCCGCGCAGGCCAUGAACGCGUUGAUGCGCCUGAACCAGCUCAAGCCGGGGCUGCAGUACAAGCUGGUGUCGCAGACGGGGCCUGUGCAUGCGCCCAUUUUCACCAUGUCCGUUGAGGUGGAUGGCAACUCCUUCGAGGCCUCGGGGCCGUCCAAGAAGACCGCCAAGCUGCACGUGGCCGUCAAGGUGUUGCAGGACAUGGGUUUGCCCACGGGCGCCGAAGGCAGGGACUCGAGCAAGGGGGAGGACUCGGCCGAGGAGACGGAGACGAAGCCCGCCGUGGUGGCCCCGCCGCCGGUGGUGGAAACCGUUGCCACGCCUAGCGCAGCCUUCCCUGCAGACACCACGGCCGAGAAUGUCAAACAGCAGGGGCCCAUCCUGACCAAGCAUGGCAAGAACCCUGUGAUGGAGCUCAACGAGAAGAGGCGUGGCCUCAAGUAUGAACUCAUCUCCGAGACGGGUGGCAGCCACGACAAGCGCUUCGUGAUGGAGGUGGAGGUGGACGGCCAGAAGUUCCAAGGCGCUGGCUCCAACAAGAAGGUGGCAAAGGCGUACGCUGCCCUCGCGGCGCUGGAGAAGCUGUUCCCGGACGCUCCGCUCGCCCUGGAAGCCAACAAAAAGAAGAGAACCCCAGUGCCCGUCAGGGGCGGGCCCAAGUUCGCCCCCAAGCCACAUAACCCCGGCUUCGGCAUGGGUGGCCCCAUGCACAACGAGGUGCCCCCGCCCCCCAACCUGCGCGGCCGUGGCCGAGGGGGCAACAUCCGUGGGAGAGGCCGAGGCCGAGGAUUCGGCGGUGCCAACCACGGAGGCUACAUGAAUGCCGGUGCUGGGUACGGGAGCUACGGGUACGGAGGCAACUCGGCGACAGCCGGCUACAGUCAAUUCUACAGCAACGGAGGGCAUUCUGGUAACGCCGGUGGGAGCGGCGGCGGGGGUGGUGGUGGCUCCUCCGGCUACGGCUCCUACUACCAAGGUGACAACUACAGCGCACCGGUGCCCCCCAAACACCCCGGAAAGAAGCCGCCCCACGGUGGCCAGCAGAAGCCCUCCUACGGCUCCGGCUACCAGCCCCACCAGGGCCAGCAGCAGUCCUACAGCCAGAGCCAGUAUGGCAACUACGGGCCCCCGCAGGGCAAGCAGAAAAGCUACAGCCACGGCCAAGGCAAUUACCCCUCGUACUCCAACUCCUACAGCUCGCCCGGGGGCGGGGGCGGCUCCGACUACAACUACGAGAGCAAAUUCAUGCCAGGUGUAGCUAAGGCCUCCAACCCCAGGCCCUGGCUACAAGAUGAACCCUUGGGACCGGCAGCGCAGCCCCGGUGGCCCCCAGCCCGGCUGGGUAGAGUAGACUACAGCGGGAGCGGGGGCCGGAGCGGCGGGAACAACUACGGCCCCGGAGGCUCCUCCUACAACCCCGGCUCGCACGGGGGCUACGGCGGAGGCUCGGGCGGCUCGUCCUACCAAGGCAAACAAGGCGGCUACUCCUCACAGUCCAACUACAGCUCCCCCGGGUCCGGCCAGAACUACAGCGGCCCACCCAGCUCCUACCAGUCCCAGGGCGGCUAUGGCAGAAACGCAGACCACAGCAUGAACUACCAGUACAGAUAAAGCCCCAGGCGCCGGGCGCAGGCCUGCCUCUGCACUUGCUGCCAUUGGAAGAUGGAGUUCCACGCAUCCCAGUUAACA